AGUCUCUCCCCCCCCCUCUCUCUCUCUCAGUCUCUCUCUUUCCUCCUUUUCUGUCUGCCUUUUUUCUACCUGAAGGGAAGUGCACGAAAGCCGAGGAGGGAAAAAUCUGGCGUGUCGUCUCGGCCCUGCGCGCUAUGCUGCGGUAAAUCCCGGGCCGCUGUUUGCGGUGUUUACAGGGGAUGUAGAGAGGGACGGAGGCACCGCGCCGUGUCUGCUCUGCUCUGCCCAGCCCGCUGCAUCGCCGAGCGGCCUGUGAAGCACACAAGAUGUCGACCAGAACGCCAUUGCCCACGGUGAACGAGCGUGACACCGAGAAUCACUCGUCGGUGGACGGCUUUGUGGAGCCCCCCGUCCCCCCGACAAAGUCUGCGAGUCGCCACAGCCUGCCGCGAUGCCGCAACUCCUUCACCUCCACAGAGGAGCACCCUCAUGUCGGCAAUUACCGCCUCCUCAAGACUAUUGGGAAGGGGAAUUUCGCCAAGGUGAAGCUAGCACGACAUGUCCUGACUGGACGAGAGGUCGCAGUGAAGAUCAUAGACAAAACCCAGCUGAAUCCCACCAGUCUACAGAAGCUCUUCAGGGAAGUCCGAAUAAUGAAGUUACUGAAUCAUCCAAAUAUAGUGAAAUUGUUUGAGGUGAUCGAGACGGAGAAGACCCUUUAUUUGGUGAUGGAGUAUGCCAGUGGUGGAGAAGUAUUCGACUAUCUCGUGGCUCACGGCAGAAUGAAGGAGAAGGAGGCCAGGGCCAAGUUUAGACAGGUGAGUCAUCAUCAUCAUCAUCGUCGUACCUUUGUCGUCAUUCCAUUUAGUGUUUUCAGGGGCAAGUCUGCAUGCACCAUGAUCAGGCUUCGUCACCGACUGCAGAGGAAAGAUGAAGCUCUGAUAGCUUGGCCUGAGAAAAGAGGAGAUCCUUUAAGAUGCUGCUCUGACACCUAG